AUGAUGAGACUUUUUUUAAGGAGGGACCCCAGAGCCAAGGGCAGGCCGAGCAGACCGCCUUCUCCCGCCGCAGGCUUCCCCGGUGAUGGGCUCCGCCUCCGUGUAACAAGUCCCCUCAGUCUGUGCGGGGAGCUGCACCACGGUGAUGCUGCUGUCAUCGCUCGCCUCUCCUCCGGUGGCUCCAUUGGCCUCCAGAUGUUACUCUCCCACGGCCGGGUGGAGACGGACGAGGAGUUUGACGCCGGCUGGGUGACGUACUUCAGCAAACCUGACAUCGAUGCCUGGGAGCUGAGGAAAGGCAUGAACACCCUGAUCGGGUACGACCUGGUGCCCGAGGCUAAGAUCGUGGACUCGGCGCUCAGAGCGUGCCGGAGACUGAACGACAUGGCCAGCGCCAUCCGUAUCCUGGAGGCCGCUAAGGACAAAGCCGGCCCCCACAAAGAGAUCGACCCGUACCUGAUCCAGGAGCUGUAGCCCACGCUGUCAGAGCUCAGCAUCUCCACUCCAGAACAGCUCGGCAUGGACAAGUUAUAGACCCUCCAGGUCCUUGGAUGUAUAACGAGAUGACGAUGAGCUCUUCUGAUUCCCCACUUUAAAUAUGUCUAUAUAUUGUUGAUCAAAUCCAUGCUUUCCUGUUGUGUACAAAAUGGUGGACCUAAUAAUAAAGAAACCAAUAAUUUAA